AUGACAGACACCCUUACUGACUCGAGGACAUCUCAGAAAUGGUCAUUCUUCUUCGACUUACCGACAGAAAUACAGCUGUUAGUUAUGAGCAAACUCAGUCUGUCAGAGCUACAAAACUCCAAGCUGAUCAGUCAUAAGUUCAAACAGCUUGCAAAUGUAGACCAACUCUGGCACCGACACACUCUCAACUCUACCAUCGAAGACAAUAUCAUGCGCGAAGCCCGGGAAUGCUGUGGCUUCACCGUCAUCAUCGACACCAACGCCAAUCCUGAUUCUUCCACCUCCGCAGCGGCAUCAACGUUUUCAUGGCAAACCCUCCUCCGGACCGCAACGCUCAUCGAGCGCGAGAACCGCCGUCUGAUCCAAGGGAGCCUCUCGCAAAUGACACAAAAGAUUCAUCAAGUCCGUGAGGCGCUGGAGCGACAGACUCGGGUGUUGGAGGAGACACAUCAGAAGCUGGAGUUGCUGUCGGGUCGGUUGACACAUAUGGAGCAGCAGAGCCGGGUGAGGGAGUUGGAGAGGACUCGUGUGAGGAGAAGGGAGGAGGCCCGGUUGGAGGAUGAGAAGUGGUUUCGGGAGUGGGAUGCACUUUGUGUUAGCCAUCGGGUGAAGGGUGCUUUGUCUUUGUCGGCGUUGGCCUGUGAAGAGAAGCAGGUAUUGGGUGAGGAGAAGGAGAAUAAGAAUGAGUGUGGGGUGUCAAUGGUUGGGUAUGAGGCGGAUUCGUGUGUCGAUGAGGAAGUUGAUGACGACGACAAGCUGUUUACAAUCAACGGUUCGUUCAAGAAGAGCUGCACUAUCAAUCGUGCUGAUGAUGGCUGUAACAGCAACAGUAGUAUUGCCGAGGUGUCACGUCCAGAUUUCCUGGAAGAGGUUCAGGUGGCGUCCAACGGGAAAAAGCGCGCUGAGGGGUGUGCAUUACCUGGACUAUGA